AUGGCCCGGCCCCCACCUCUGGGCCCUAGAUCGCCCUCAGAGCCCUUCAGUCACCCCCCUGGAGCGCCUAGGGAACUAGACGCUACUGGAGACACAAUCUGCAUUGCAUCUGGAGAGGAGAGCAUCAGGUCAGAACAGGCCCAGAAGGUGGGGCAGGACUCUUUGGACCCUCCAGAGCACUUCCGGGGUGGGCCAAGGGGCCUGGAGCCUGUUGCUGGCCUCCCCAGGUUGCCAGCUCCCUCUUCCCUUGAGGAGUCAGCUGGAGCAAAAAACCUAGAGCCCCCCAUCUCUAGCCGAGAGGUAUUAGAGGCUGACCAGGACAGUCUGCAUCUUUGUCUUCUGGGGCUGGGCGUCUGGCUGCAGGACUUGGAGCGAGGCCUGGGGCCCUGCGUGUCAGCCCGGAGCAGGAUGGUCCAGCUGCAGGCGCUACAGGCAGACCUGCGCGGAGCAGCUGAGCGUUUAGAGGCACUGCUGGUGUUCGGGGAGGGGCUGGCACAGCGCAGUGAGCCUCAGACCCGGGCAGCCCUGGAGCAACUCCUGAAGGCCUUCAGAGCCCACCAAGACAGCAUCUUCCGACAGCUGUGGCGGCUGCAGGCCCAGGUGGUCAGCACCAGCCUGGUGUUGGAGGAGGCCAGCACACUGGAACAGGACUUGGAGUUCGAGGGGGACUCAGAUGGGCCGGGCCCUGGUGGGGUCUGGGGGCCCUGGGCACCCAGUAGCCUCCCCACGCCAGCAGAGUUGGAAUGGGACCCGGCGGGGGACGUUGGGGACCUUGAGCCUUUAGGGCAAAGGACAGCCCGGAUGCCAGGGGCUCCGUGUGAGCUGUGUGGCCACAGGGGCCCCCAGAGCAGAGGACAAAGCCUGGAGGACAUGCUCAUGUCGGGCCUCAGCCACCGAAAACACAUAGCAAGUCACCGAAGACAACCCCUGCUCUGGAAGUCUCGAGACAGGAUGAGGCAAGCAUCUCCCAGUCUCCAAGAUGUGAUGCUGGAGGCGCACCCUGGAGUGCCCACUCCUUCAUCCAGGCGACCUCUGACCUUCUUCCAUCUCCUCCUCCUCUUCCUUUUCCUGGUGGGUAUCACAUUGUUCCUGCCCACGUCAGGGGGCUCCUGCUGCUCUCCUGCGCAACUGAUCAGAACACCUUACCUGGAGCUCAGCUAUGUCAAUGGUCCCCCUCCAAUGUGA